AAUACAUCAGUUCCUGCAACAAAUGAGCUGUGCUACGUCAGGGUGUCAAUGAGAUCUGCAGUUAUUUGGUAAAGCUGAACUCUUACAGUAAAACUCAUAAGGAUAAGGAUGAAGAGCAACUUUAACAUCAGCAGUCUGACUGACCCCCCAAUUAUGGGAAACGGUUGUGGAAUAGACCUCAGUCAAGAUGGCAUCUUCCUUCCUCUCAUGUAUGGGAUCUUUUUCAUCAUGGGUGCACCUCUGAACCUGAUGGCACUAUUUGGGCUUUAUAGGUUAAUCAAAUCAGAAAAUGUUUUACCAGUCUAUGUCAUUAACCUUCUGAUAGCAGAUCUUUGUCAGCUCUUAACUUUGCCUUUAUGGAUGGACUACUAUGCCAACGGCCACUACUGGCGCUUCGGACCCCAGACCUGUCGGUUUAUGGGUCUUUUGUUUUACAACAGUAUAUAUGCAGGCAUCUUCUUCAUGUGCAUCAUCGCUCUGGAGCAUCACAUAGCAAUAGCCAGACCGCUUAGCUUCAAGCACCUGCGUAACUUAAGGUUCGCUUGCUGUAUAACACUCGCUGUUUGGAUUCUAAUCGUGGUGCCGCAAGUUGCUGCUUUCAAGCUCUUUCCCAAAUGGGACAAUAGCACUCUUUGUACUGAAAAGUAUCCCUCAGAGAGCGGUUUUAUCAUCUACAGACUGAUUACCCUGCUUGUGUCCUUCAUCAUACCCCUGAGCUUCAUUGUUGGUAUUCACAGACAGACCAUUCGCUCGCUGAUGGCAAUCAAUUCGCUUUUAUCCGAGGAGAAGAGGAGCAUCAGGGGUCUGCUCACCCUUCUGGUGGUCGUAUUUGUCACGGUGCUUGGGCCCUAUCAUUUCAUCGGCUGUGUGAAGUACCUCGGACUGUUGAUGCACAGCAGCGCUUGUGUGUGGGAGAAAGCCGUGUUUCUGCCCUAUCAAGUGGGGAGAGGCUUUCUCAGUCUUAACAGCUUGCUGGAUCCCAUCUUUUACAUCUUUCUCCGAAGAGACUUCCGCACAGCCCCUAGAAACUACCUGCCCUGCUUGGGGAGAGUCAGGACCACACCACAAACUUCCACUGUAGUUUGUGACUGAACAGCGUUUAUGUAUCUGUCUUUACUGUGAAUUUGAAAUGUAAUUUAUACAAAAUGAAACUAUGACAAAUAAGCCAUAUAUUUAGAUCUAAGCCAGCGGCACCCAAUACAGCAGAAUAUUUAGCAUCAUUAUUUAAUAACUAUAACUUAAAUGAAAGAGGCUUAAAUAAACCCAUGUGGGAUUUAUUAGGAUGUAACUUUAAGUGUGUUUUACUUGAGCAUGUGGAUUCUCUCACAGGAAACUGUGUGGUUUAACAGGUUAUCAAAUUAACAACUAGAAGUUUCCAUUUCCUAUUGCACACACACACACACAUACAGUGUACCUAAAUUGCAAGAAUGAGAAUGUGUAUUUCAAACAAUGUCAUAUUGGAAAAAAGUUAGCAUAAUGUAGAAAUCAAACUCUAGUAUUUCCUGUGUCAUAAUUACCAAUCAGACCCAUUGCCA